CUGUACAUUUCAAUAUCCCCAAGAACAAUAGAUUUCCCACGUUGGACAAUAUAUUCAAACAGAGUUUUUCCCACAUGAAAACUUCAUACGGUUUUUUGCCGGACAAACAAGUGAUGGGCAUGACUUACACGGCACUGGGAAUUCCAACGGUGUGCGGUGAACCAAGCAAACGUUUUUUAAAAGCUCACAAGAAGUUCAAAGUGUAUUAUCCCACCAAGAGGCCUUCGAAGCUCAGAAAACGGCCAAUCGCCAUUUUGAAAAACAAAUACUAUGCCAACAAGAAGCAGCGCAGGAAAACAACAACAAACGGACCAAAAAAAGUCAGUAAUUCGCCUGGCCAAGUUGUCGAAAACCAACCGAAAGUGUCAAUAAACGGGAACGACUCGACCAGCUGCUGUUUUGGAGAGCAAACCCACUUGGACACCACCUUACCGCCUCUAGCAAACGACGACCAUCAAGACACCUCCUGGACUUCUCCAGAACAGAGCCCUUUGAUAUUCAUCAGCAGAGAUCCAAAUAGUUGCGUGGACGACAACAACAACAGUAGCAACAGCUGGAUGGACCAUCACGAAAUGGUUACUCCGAAAUUGGAAAAACACACACCAAAGGACCAACUACUACAUCUGGACCACUCUUACUGUUCGGUGGAAACGGUCAAGUUGACAAGAUGGCAAAAACUUCAAACCCAAGACAGCGACAGUGACAGUGAUGAGCCUCUUGGUCUUGUUAGGACAUUUUGGUAG